AUGGGUUCACACCAAGCUGCUACUUUUACAGGCUAUGUACACUCUACGCGAGAUGCAUUGCUGAUCUUUGAAGCCGUGCGGCGUGGUAUGCUUCCAAAGAUUACGCGUCGUCUACGUGAUGACGAGCGAAAGCAAAUAUGCAGUGGGACCAUUUUCGUGUUUGACGAGGUUGAAUCAAGCAUCAAGAGAUGGACAGACGGUAUGAUCUGGAGCCCGAGUCGGAUCUUGAACAACUUUCUCGUCUAUCGCGAAGUCGAAAAAAAGGACCCGAAACCAGCUCCUGAUCAACCGGCAUUUGCUACCAACCAUACCGCCUAUGGCAUGCCCGGCGUACUCAACAACAAUAAUAGCAGCAGCAGCAGUAGCAGCAGCAACCACAACCACAACCACAACAGCAAUGCAGCUAUGCACUCCACAGUCCGCUCUGUUCCCCUGACACUUUUGCCCAAUGCAAUAGAUACUGAUACGCAGAUGAUACACUACAAACAGGAGCAUGGAAGCUAUCAGUCGCUCGACGUCGUCUCUUCAAACGCAGUCUAUGCUGGCCAGGACGCUUUCUUCAGUCAUCAAUCACAUCAGCAGCAUUUGGCGCACGCACAAUCGCAUCCCCAAGCGGCCGGCCUUGUCGGCAUGAUGGAUCCGCAUGCAAGCUCUUCCUCGACGCUCAAACGCGAAGCUGAACUCGACAGGACGAUCGUCGGAAGUUUGACAAGCAGCUAUCCCUUUGUUCGCGACGGACUUUGCAAAAAGACCAUCUCGAUUCAAGUCGAAGGUUCGACUCAGCAUCUCAUCUCGUACUACAAGAUCGAUGAUGUGCACAACAGCAGACUCGCCGUUCCGUCAUCGCUUCCAGAGCUCUCUUGUCUCCACAUCUCUCCCAUGUUUCUGAACAAAAGCAAUUUCCGAUAUCCUCCUAUUGUCGAGAUCGGUCCAGAUGGAAUGCCUAGGUACGUUGGCGAGUCGACAGACAACGCCAUGCGGGCCUCGGGACACGUCAGCAGCGGCAACGAAAGCUUUUCAUCCUCCGAAGCGCGGCAUGAUACACUUGGCAGACCUGCUAGCCGCUCGCUGUCCAUUUAUUCUCCCAGCUUACCCCCCGAAUCUUCGCACGUCGACAUGCACAACCACCGAUACCCGCAUCAGAUCGGUGGUGACGGCAUGCUUCCCACACCGGCAGCUUUGUCUGCUUCGUCUUCGUCGGUCCCUUACAGAAAUCGUAGAUCCUCCGAUGCUCCGCGCCGACGAGCAAAUUCACGGUUCGAACCCUACCAACAGGCGAGUACGCUCGGAUCAGGGAUCACCGCACAUUCCCUCUACUCCAAUACGUCUUUGAUGGAGACCGGCUCGGUCUCACCAUCGGGCCGUCGAGCUAUCUUUGCUGGCUCGCGCAGCUACAGCGACAUGGAUCCAGGGGCGGCUUACGCUUCGGAGCAAGCGGCUUUCGCGAUGCAGCGCCAGCAGGACGAAGGUUUCUUUGGAAUGGAACACGCCGGCCAGCCAAGCGGCGCUGAUGGAGAUCCACACGCUUCGCACGUGAGCCAUCAGCAUCCCUCAAUGCAUAGCAUCGGCGCCCACGACAAUCUACAGCCAUCGUUUCAAUCAGGAGCCAUGAUGCCCAUGGUUCCCAGUCAGCCGUCUCGGUCCGAGGUGGCGUGGGUCAAGCAGGAGCAGCAGGACCCCUUUCACUUUUCCUCUCGCCUCACGCGCGGCAGCUGGGACUCGAACCAACCGAGUCACUCGACUUCGUUUGCACACAACAUCCAGCCACCACCAGCGACCAGUCAAGGUUUAACGGCGGUUUCCAUCCACAGCCAGUCGAAUUUUGGUGGCGCAUCUUUCUAUCCGCGGUUGGCAGGCUCGCCUCCCAAUACCGGCUCGUCUCACGACAGCCGACACUCGUAUGCGCCGUCGACGGGACGAAUCGAGGAAUUUGUGGAUGGUAUGAAUCCUCCAACAGCCGCACGUCUAGAGGAUGCUGCCAGCUAUCCUUCGCGGCCGAUAUCGCGUGCUGACGAAGUGGGAUAUGCGAAUGGCCUCGACUCGGCAGGCGUGAUAAGGGCCAGUGCGUUGGAAGCGCUUGGCGUGCAUUCGGAUCCUGCUAGCCCGUAUCCGAGAUCGCAGCAACAGCAACAGCAACAGCAACAGCAACAACAACAACAACAACAACAACAACAACAACAACAACAACAGCAACAACAACAACAACAACAACAACAACAACAACAACAACAGCAGCAGCAGCAACAGCAACAGCAAAUGGCUGCCAACGAGGAUGCUUGCUUUGACGCUUACGGCAGAUCUUCGAACGCGGUGGAAGGACAACAGUCUUUCUACGCCCAACAACCAUCACACAUUGCGGCACAUGAGAACGUUCAACUUCAUCAGCAGGCAUUUGGUCGGCAUGCCACCGUUUAUGCCUCACAUCAGCUUGACAAUGUUUCAUCGCACAACGAGCCGACAUGGCCGUCCGAUCCGGCAGCCGAGAGCAAUAACGCGGGGGAUACGCAUUCCUUCCCGUCCCGACCAGGAACUUCGCACGACCACGGCUACCACCGCCAGUUCCGGGCCGAUACGAGCGACGCGAACGCUACAGAGGAUUCCAAAUUGGAGAAGGUCGUGUUGACGAGACCUGUGCCGUGA